GUAUGUCACAGUUCCAUUGUUCAUAACUUCAUAUUAAUUCCUUACAAUUUGAAAAAAAAAUGGGACUAGGAAGAAGCAGGCCACGACUGAGGUUGCGAGGUUUGUGCUUUGGUAACGCGACCCCUCACGUAAGAGCUUCUUCUGCUUCAAGAGCUGAGUUUUCGAGCAACGAGGUGCAUGAAUCUUGUAGAGACAAGGCUGAUGAAAGUGGUGUUGAAACUGGUGGCAACAACCGGGUUAUGGUGGUUGUGGAUUCUAGCUUUGAAGCUAAGGGUGCUCUAGAUUGGGCACUCUCUCACACUAUUCAGAGACAAGACAAUGUUAUUCUUGUUCAUGUAGCCAAACCCACUAAUAGAGAAGAUUCUAAUGAAAGAAAGUUCAAUUUAAAGGCUUAUCAACUUCUACUUGAAAUGAAAAACACAUGCGAAACAAAGAAACCCGGAGUGCAAGUAAGUGUAGUAAUGCUUGAAGCAGAGGAAAAGGGUGCUGCCAUAGUGCAAGAAGCGAAGCAACAAAGCGUGUCGCUGUUGGUCGUCGGACAAAGGAAGCGAUCACUGGUGCGGUGGCUGAUGGCGAAGAGGUGGCCGCGGAUGAGGACGAGAUCUGAGGUUGUUGAGUACUGCAUACAAAACUCACCUUGCAUGACCAUUGCUGUGAGAAGGAAGAAUAAGAAACUUGGAGGCUAUUUAAUUUCUACGAAACGCCAUAAAAACUUUUGGCUUUUGGCUUAAAUAAAAUAGAAUUUAAUUUUGAUGUACUGUA